AAGGCACAGACUUGAAUGUCGUGUUGUUGUUGUUGCGAAGGAUUUGUGACUAGUGAAUGAAGAUGUACAUACAUAUCAGCUGAUGUCAUUUAUUUCGAGCUUAAGAACGCAGUAAUCUUGUUGGUGUUGCUGUAUAUGUGUUUGAAACAACUGUUCCCAUAUCGUCAUCGUCAAUGAAUUAUACAUCACCGCCUGGUUACGAUGACAAGCUUAACGAUUCCGACUCCGUGUAUCAGUUGGACGAAGGGUUCGACAAGCUGUCAGUGGAAGAUUAUGUGGGCGAGGUCGUCGUGGAGGAUGAGGUACUCUAUGUCACGCCUCAAGGAAGCAUCGUCACCGAAGAUUUCUGUGGCGUGUUCGAAACAACCAAUCCGUUGGGAGAAGAGACGCCCGAAUGGCCAUUUCCGAGUUCUGCUUCACCAUCAGACCCAGGCUUAUGCCCAGGACUAGACCAGCCUAUCAGAGAGUUGACUGCUGAGCAAGUGCGCUGGCUCUACAAGAGUGACGCAGAUAAGCAGUGGGUUCCUUUUAGUGGAUUUGAUUCUCUUCGCAUAGAGGAGCGGUACCGACAACAGCGGCAUCAUCAUCAUGCAGACCUCCCUACGCCUAACCAAUCCUCAGCUUCUCGUUCAGAAAGCUCAAACAGUGCCUCUACUAGCUCUAUGGAUGAUAGUGUGUACUAUGACGCAUGCAGUUCGGGGUACACAGAUGGUGAUUCACCCUCUGCUUCUUUGCCAAGGGACCAUAUUGUGGUUAGAGGCGGAAUGUAUGAAGUCAAUAUUGAAAAACGCAAAUGUGUUUCUAUCUUCUGGCCUGGUGAACAAUGUGCGAUCAUGAGAGGCACAUGGUUUUAUGAUGGCUCAUGGCAACCACUGGAUGGGGAUCGUUGUGAGCAAGUUGAAAGUGUUCAUCUUGCAUUGUUUGCUAACCAUUGCAUCUCUGACUACAUAUCUGCUAGUAAUCCGAAACAACCAAAGCAAGUUGUCAAAUCAGAAAGCUUUUCUGAGUUCCGAAUUGACUGGUACUCUCCUAUUGAAGUUUAUUUGUAUAGUGAAGCUGCUCCAUCAAAGUUGGUUCGAAGUUUCACUCAAAAACUGGGAUAUUUUCAGAAAUCAACUGGCUACAGACUUUGUAGAGGCUACAAGACCCUGGCUUCUCUUGAUGACCGUCCAGUUGAUGUCACUCAUCUAGUCUUUGUGAUACAUGGUAUUGGUCAGAAGAUGGAUAAGGACCGCAUUAUAAGAAACACAUGCACUUUUCGUGAUUGCACUUCCUGGCUGCAGACUAAGUAUUUUCCUUCAUCCCAGCAUCGAGCUGAGUUUUUUCCUGUGGAAUGGCGCUCAUCUCUUAAGUUAGAUGGAGGGAUUGUGGAAGCUAUAACUCCUAAUAAAGUUCAAGGUAUUAGGUCACGCUUGAAUGCAACAGCCAUGGACAUUAUGUACUACACAAGUCCUUUGUACAGUCGGGAGAUUCAAAAAGGCCUUACUUGUGAACUGAACCGUCUUUAUUCCACAUUUACUCAGCGCAAUCCAGAUUUUGCAUCUCGAGGCGGCAAAGUCUCCAUCAUAGCUCACUCUUUAGGCUGCGUAAUUGUAUAUGAUAUCAUCACUGGCUGGAGUAUCACUCACACUUUGGAGCAAAGAAAGGCUCAAGAGUCAUCAAAUAACAAUCUAAAUGGAGCUGAUGUUGAAGAGGGAAGCAGUCAAGCCUCUGGUGGAUCAAAUUCCCCAAUAUCUUCUCAGGGCACAACACCCACACCAACACCCACACACCGUCCUGCAAAAUUGCUUUUUGAGUUGGACAAUCUUUUCUGCUUGGGAUCACCUUUGGCUGUUUUCUUGGCCCUACGUGUAAGAGAUCCACAGGCAGAGAGUUGCCACAAAGAUCUGCUCCCUCCUACUCUCUGCCAUCGAUUCUUCAAUGUAUUUCAUCCCUCUGAUCCAGUUGCUUACAGGAUGGAGCCUCUAUUGGUGCGGGAUUAUGCUAAACUUGCACCCAUACAAAUUCAAGCCUAUAAUGCAGCCACCCACGUCCUCUAUUCAGAUGUCCCUUUGGAACUUAUUCCUUCAGAUGCUACUGCAUCAACUAGUCAAGCAACUGCAAUGAGACAGGCAGGCGAUGAAGGAGACUCCCCCAAGUCUCCUGGUGGAACACCAAGUCGAGAACGGGGAUGGAGUAUUUGGAGUAUUGUUCGAGGGGGCUGGAAGGCUCCCGGUGAAAAGAUUUUGGAUUCGCCAACUCAAGGCCUUGAGCAUCGUAUGGACUAUGUCUUGAGAGACAGUAAUCUUGGUGGACCCUACAUAUCAGCAAUCACAUCUCAUACUGAUUACUGGCGCAAUUAUGAUGUUGCGUACUUUGUUCUAACUAGGCUUUUCCCAGAACUUGAGCAAAUGGCAAAUAUUCCUGUUGGUCAGGUUGAUUCAACUCAUCAGUCGCCUCAACAGCAAUCCCCUCAGCAGGCUGUGCCCCGAGUUGUGUCCCCUCCACUUUUGCAACAAAUGUUAUCUCAGGUGCAAUCUCAGGCCCAGUCAGUUCUGCAAAUUCAACCUCCAUCACUACCAUUACUAAUAUCUUCCCCUUCUAUACUGCAACGCAAAGGAAGCAAUGAAGCAGCCAGUAGAUAAGCUGCUACUAAUAAUUUUAAUUACUUUAAUUUUCCCCGCUUUCAAGAAAUUAUAAUUUAGUUUGCUUCUUUAUUGUGAUAUUUGUUACUUCAGAUUGUUUAGUGUAAUUGUAAAUCUUUGAGAAGUGGCAGAUUAGUGCUACCUGAGGUUCUGAGAACAGAGUGGUUAUGUAUUAUUAUUUAUUUGUCAUAUAGUAUUUAUUGAUGCCAAAUACUUCAUUACAUUGCUGUGUUCUGUUGAGAUGAUUUGUCCAAGACUGGAGAUCCUAUUUUAUAUUAUUUCACUUUUGGAUUGUCUGUUCUGAACUUUCAUAACAUAUUCAUCAGAAAAGCUUGUAACUACUUGUAAAAUACUAACUGUUGAUCAUGGAGUAAUUUGUUUAAAGAGAGCUAUACUCUAUGACCACCAGAUAAUAAUAAUGGUGAGAUUCUUUUGGGGGUUAUUUUUAUAUAGUACAUCUAACAUAUAAUUACUAGUUUGUUUGUACAGCCGGCUUGAUUGGAGACCCAUUCAUUUCGUACUAUUCAAUGUCUUUCUGCCUCUAUGGCUUUCUCUUUGUGGUGAUGGUCUGUGUGUUCAGUCAAAUCAUUAGUUCAAUGUUACCUGGUCUCUACUUUGUACGUCUUAUUUUCCUAAGGUGAUGAUACCUCCUUUUAUGAACGACAAUAAGCACUGUCCCAUAACCUGAUUUUCUGGUACAGACAAUAAUAUAUUGGUUACAGCACAAAGCGUCAAUGAGGACGAGGUUUUUCCCGUUAUUAAGAUAAAUGAGUGAAACUUUUUUGGUCUUGUAUCUCGAAAAGGCUUUUGUAUUGUAUUUGGCAAUUUUUUAUUCAAAAUUAUUGUACAUUUUGGGCAUUUAUUAAUUUAUCUGGAGACAUUGCUUUCUGAUAGCUCUGAAAGCUGAACUGAAAUAUUUGGUGCUGCCAGAAUGUAAUAACUGAUAAGCCAUGUCCAUGUAGAAAAAAGUAUUUUCUACAUUGUGGUUCCACUUCUGUUCUUUCUUCUUGUUUCUCCCCUUUAGCCACUAUCCAGUAGUAGACCUCUUACUUCAGUUGUUGUUUAUUUUGAUGCAUGUAAUUUUGUUAUUGUUAUUGCUGACAUUGUUUUAAGGUUAAUCUUUCUUCAAAGAAGCAGAGUUUAAAGUUUAGUUGUGAAGUAUUUAAAGAGUUUUGUGGAAACUGUGCAUGUUCAGAAUGUACCGUUAUAUCUACUCAUCCAAUCACAAUCAGCUUAUUAUCCCGGUAUUAUUUACAAGGUGUUAAUUUGACUUUGUUUUAUAGAUGAUAAAGGCCAUCUGCCUAGUUGCACACCAUGUUAGUGUGAGCAAGGUCAAUAUUCUUAUGUGUUCAGUCCUAAAACUAAACAAAGGUUGUAGUACAAUUUACAGAUUUUGAAAUCAGCUCACUGAUGAUGAGAAUCUAUUAUCAUAUCUGGAUGAAACAUGUCUACAUUAUAGGAAAAUUCUGUAUUAUUGGGUUCCUGUUUUAAAGAGCAAACCACCAAAGAGUCAUAGAUGGCAAACUUAAUCUAUCCACUGCAGGUCUUCCAUUUCAUUUAAAGUUAACAAAUCAUGGCAGGAGGUUUUGUAUUUAUUUUGUAGAAAUCAAUUUGUGUCUGUGAUUAAUCUGUGUUAGUGCACACUACUCCUUAGAAAAUUUCUGUAAUGUGAUGAUUUAAUUAACCCUGUAAUGAUUUAUAUUGGACUCUUCCUGUAUCAUACAAUGCUGGCAGAAGAGAACCCUGCUUUCAGUUGAGGCUGAUCAAAGGUAAACUCCUUUACUUCCCAUCCCAUAUAUAUGGAAAAUCCUAUUGAAGUCAAGUCAUUUAUAUACGCUCCCAGAAUGAUUGUCUUCUUCUGCUGCAAUCUUCGGGUUAAUUUAUUGAUUACUUACCUUUUCUUUGGGCCAAUGUGUGUCUAAACAAAAUAGCCAAAGACUUGUUUUUAUCAGUGUUUUUAGUAUGAUGAUUUCAAGUGCUGUAAAAUCCAUUUCCCCGUUUAUGUUGUUAUCAUAAGUAGAUAUAUGCCUGAUUUGGAAUUUGAACAUUCUUAAGCUGGUUUGUUUGUCUUACCAAAUUAUGAUUUGUAACUUACUUGCUCAAAGCAAUUGUGAUUUUCAUACUGAGCAAUUUAUAGUUCUUCUCUCUUGUUUUCAGUUUUUUUUUGUUUUCCUCUUAUUGCAGUGAUGAUUAAUCUAAGGUAGCACAGUGUAGAUGUUGAUUUACCAAGCGUGGCUAGUUUCUAGAAAUUCAAAUUUUUGGAAAGUGUGUGUUUCUUGAGGAUAGUAGUGAUUCCACGUAACCCUGUCAUGGGGAAAGAAGGCUAGUAAAAGACUUUUGACCGUGAAUUUGAAGACUAUUUAGUGUGUGGCGUACACUUUCAACCGACUGACUUAAAUUAAGACUUUAUGAAAAUUUGCCUUCUUGCAAUAUAUUUGACAUGUAUUGCAUCCAUCUGCAAUGGCUAGAUCUCUUAGAAAAAAUACAUAUUUAACCAUGAAUUUUAUCUGCACAUUGUAUCCUUCAAGAUUUGGUUAAAACAUGUACGAUGAUUUUUCUCUUUCCAGCCCUUUCCCUUUUUCUCUCUAACUUCACCUUAUCCCAAUUUCUAUCUCUCUAUCUCAUGAUACUUGAUAUAAGUGAGGGUCAGCAAUCCGGUUUUAGUUUGUCUUUUCAUCCUAUGAGGUUUUCUAUUUUAUUAUUAUGUAUCACUUGAAAAUAAUUCAAAGCCAAAACAUCUUCGAAUGCAUAGAAGUACUAGUAUCGUUUAUCUAAAAUCAUGUACAUCUGCAUAUCCAUAAGCUGUCUCAGAGGUUUAUAAAGGUUUGUUUUAAAUGGUUACCUCAGUCCAAAUUACUGUCUGAUUGAAUUUGUUUUAAGGCAGUUAGGUUUUUUUACGUGUAUUUUUAGGUAUUGUAAAUGAAGCCUUACGUUGUGUCUUUUGUAAACCAAUAAGUUUUUUGAAAGGAAAACAUACAUGUCAUGUUUUCAAUUUCUAGAACAUUGAUGACUGUUUUUACCAUUUGAUGCUGUAGAUGUCCAGUAUUAAAAAGCAAUUGUAUCCAAA